AUGAAAUAAGAUAAAAAAAAGUAAACUCUUCUUCAAAACCCUAAAAAUUAAAGCAAAGGUCCUAAACAACAAGUAACAUAAAAACUACCUGAUGAUAUGGUAUAUCAUUAUAAAAUUAUGAUAGGAAUCAGAAAUUAGAGACUGUUUCAAUUUUUAUGAUCCUUCAAGAACAGGAUUCAUUAAUCGUUAAAAUAUGAGAUCAAUAUUGGGUAAUUUUGGUUUCAUAAAUAAAACUGUAAAAGAUAUAGAAGAAGAUAUUAGAGAUGUUGUAGAAGAGUAUUAUAUAAUUUUAUUAUUAGAACUCGUGAUAGCUUUUCAUUAAAAGAUGUUAUAUAAUUGAUUUCAAAAAAGUGGUUUGAAAAUAAAGGAAGAGAUGAAGAAAUUGAUGAAAUUUAUGAAUUAUUUGUAAGAAAGUAAAAGUAAUAAAUAAAUAAAGGGAUCGUAAAGUAGGUUUACCUGAAAUAAAGAAUGUAUUUGCUCAAUAUCUUGAUAUACAAAUUAGUGAUGCUGACAUUCUUGAAUUCAUUUAAGAUGCAAGUAAAGAUAAGGAUGGUUUGACAAAAGAAGAUAUUGCAGCUAAAAUGGGUUAUAUUUGA